GAGAUCUCUCAGUGACUGAGCCUCGCCUCCUUGGUGAAGCACCAGAGCCAUCUCCACCUCUAACACAUCUCUUCUUCCUCCUCCUGCUGCUGCUGCUGCUGUUGGUGCUGCCGCUGCCGCUCCUGCUGCUGUUCUCAGUGAAGUCUGAGCGAGCCAAAGUGUCUACUGUAAGAGGGAGCAAAUCUCUUGUGGAGGAAGCAGAGAGAAAGCAGCACAGCCAGGCAACUUGAGGCAGAGUUUGCUUUCCAAGUCAACAAGUGCUUUUCAAGGACAGGCAUCGCAGUGGAGCAUCCCUCCAAGGGCACAGAAGUUGGGACCUCCAUCCGGGUGGUUGUCAACUCCAGAGAAACUUCCACCAUUACGUCCAAAAGUGAAGACGAUUUCUUAACCCUGGCAGCCUCCAGGCUGAGCCGCAAAAAACGGGUCAUCGGGGCCGCCAUCGGGGUGGCCAUGGUGCUGGUUCUCCUGGUGGCUAUCCCUUUGCUGGUGCACAGCUCCAAAACCACUUCCCACUACGAGAUGCUGGGCAGCUGUCGGAUGGUCUGUGACCCCUACACACCCCAAACCCAUGGGGCAGCUUCAGCUGAGGCAAGCCAGGAGUUGGCCGUCAUCUCACCGCCUCCUUACGUGUCUGGAGGGAAAGGAGACCAAGGGAGGAAGGGCAAGUCAGGAAUCCGUGGGCCACCAGGCCCUCCGGGGCCACCUGGGCCCAGAGGUCCAGCUGGGGAGCCAGGGAGGCCAGGCCCUCCAGGUCCACCUGGGCCAGGACCUGGGGGUUACAUCCCAUCCUUCUACAGCCCCAAGAUUGCCUUUUACGCAGGACUGAGGAAGCCACAUGAAGGGUACGAGAUCCUGCGCUUUGAUGACGUGGUGACCAAUGUAGGGAACUACUACGAACCAUCAAGCGGCAAGUUCACCUGCCCUCUACCCGGCAUCUACUUCUUCACCUACCAUGUGCUCAUGCGUGGUGGAGAUGGCACCAGCAUGUGGGCAGACCUGAUGAAGAAUGGGCAGGUCCGUGCCAGCGCCAUUGCCCAGGAUGCUGACCAGAACUACGAUUACGCUAGCAACAGCGUGAUCCUACACCUGGAUGUGGGUGACGAAGUCUUCAUCAAGCUGGAUGGAGGGAAGGUGCAUGGAGGCAACACCAACAAGUACAGCACCUUCUCCGGGUUCAUCAUCUACCCAGAUUGAGCCUCCCUCCUGGCUCCUACUUCUCCCCUCCCCUUUUAUGCCUACCCAAUCCUUCCCCUCCGGGUCAGCUUUUAUUCUCCUUGGCUUUACCAUCUCCCUGGACCCUCAGGUGGUCCCUUUGACAAGUUCCAGGCCAAAGAGUUUGGAACAGAAACUUUGGGGAAGUGGUGACCCUGCCUCCCUGUUGGGUUAAUAUGCUGCUAGGAGGGUGGGUGAAUUAAGGGAUUUAGUGCAUGAAGAAUCCGGGAGGGAGUGAAUACAGGGUAGUCUAUCAUCAUGGGUGGGUCCCUGAGCAGUAGAAGCCAAGUCCCUUAGAGAGGCAAAAUCCAGGUUUGGAGUACCCCUGCCUUGAAGGGAACAGCAAUGAAUGCAGGAUGGGGUCCUCCAAACUGGCUGCUGCAAAUCAGUUGUGGGGUUCUAAUUCUGCAUCACCCCCUCCCAAGGCAGUUCUAAGGGGCAAUGAUUUGGAGUGGGACACUUUCACUAAUGCUCCCCCAGUCCACUUUCACAGGAAAGAUGCCUAAUACAUACCUAUAAAUAUAUACAUAUAUAUUCUACAAACCAAUCAGGCGAUUACUACUUAGAACAUCAUUUAUCCAAUAGAAAAAGCCAGUGGGAAAGGCAUAGGGCGGGGUCAGGAUGGAGGCCUACCCCCCGCACAGGAAUUUGUGUCCCACCCUUAGGGGAUCAUCAUAGAGGGGAAUAUGUGUUUUUGACUCAGGUGCUGCUUAUUAGUACACAGAGAUCGAACAUACUUGUGUAUGUGUUGGGGGGGAUUUCGCAGUUUGAGUCUGCUCUGUUUAGGCAACUGGAGAGAACCUUUCUUCCCGAUUUAUCUGCAGCCUCCACUGUAUCAAACAGGAGCCCAACUAACCCUUGAUGUGCAAAUCCGGGUUUUUAACCCCGAUUCCCUCUGCCUUUGUACAUUUAUCCACAGGUUGUUGGGGCUGCUGCCCAAGUGAUGAUCUUUUGUUCGCUGCAUGAAGAUAUAUAGAUAUCCAUAUAGACCUUAAGCCAGGACAGAAGUGGCCCGUACCCCAGGGGGGCCGUUGCACCUGUUCAUGUAAAUAUGUCACUGUGGCCACUCUACAUUGGGAGCAGUAAUGGGAACUGCCCCACUCCAUGUCGUAGGUCCUUAUACUGCAGCUGGUGAUCCCCUACAGCAGAAGCAGUUCCUGUUUCAUCACAGCUGCCACCCUGUAGACAGCAGAGGCCAUUAAAGACUUGAUGGGAGAUGAGAGAGCCCCACCAUUGGAAUAUGCAUGGGCAGAGAACGACAUUUCCCCAUUCAUGUCAAACUCUUGCACUACAUGCCAGAUCAACUGCACCCUCCCCAAAACACCACCCAAAUAUACCCCAUCGUCAUCAAGUUUCCAGUCCAUCUAACUCUCCAAUAAAACUUACCACACUCCAUUACUGCAUCACCAGCAGCAGCGCAGUACAAUGCCCAAUUCUUUCCACCUGCCCAAAAUCCAGACUCUGAGAACAUCACAGGCACCUCAAGAUGCACCCAUACCAUUUCAGUUGCUGCCUCAAACAUUACCAGAUCCAUGCACUCCCCAAAUGCUAGCUCCAGCAAAACUUUAUCGAUUAAAAAUACAUUUCCACCAACCCAAACCAGCACAGCCUCAUCCUCUCCUCAAAGCACCGCCAAUACAAGUACACUGAUAUACAUAUCCCUAAUCCCUCAGCUUGCACACCCAAUCCCACAAGGCCUCGUCUUUCCACUAUAUUUGCACCAGAACUCCAUGAUGCAGGGGGAGGGGGGCAGAGAACACGGCAUUCUUUUGUAGGUUUGCCUAGCUACAGCCUUCUUCUUCCCAAUGGCAAAAGAAAGGUCUCCCCACUUCACAUGUUUACACCAAUGUAUAUUUGCAAGCUUAUUUCCUGUAUGCAUGGACACUUGCACACUGUGCCCAUGCUUCCAGAUAUACAUACAUGCAUUUUCACCUGUUAUGUGUACAUAUAUUUGCAGAUCUGUACAUACUUUAGAUUUGCCAGAUCAUGCUACUGCUAAGCUGCAGUAUGCAUGAAAUAUCUGGCAACCCUAACAGAAUGGUACAUGUGAGUGCUGAUCUUAGUGUAUAAAUUUCUGUCUGGGAGGAAUUAAAUUCUUCAGAGCCAGAACCUAAUUUUAGGCACUAGCCCUGCUCAGGACUGAAUUCAUGUUUCCAUUUCAAAUGUCUAAAUGCUCAAACAAAUUUCACCAUGUCUGCUCUAAGAUGUUUCCAGCCCAAUGACGAGUACACAGAGUGUGUCAAAUUGCACUGGCACUCAGAAACACAUGUAUUUCCACACAGAUGUGCAUUUGUGUGUGUCCACCUAUGAACUUGUGGGUGUACAUGUCUGGGGUGAAAGUAGGAAGUAAAACAGAUGUGAAAUAGAGAUCAUACCUGAGCACACACAAAUUACACAUCACAAGAGGUGUGGCUAAACAUGUGCACCCAUUUACUUGUGCAUGACUGUGUAUUUUAUCAUUUAUACCCACACUUAGGUGCUAUAAAUCAUGAUAGACACACACAGGCAAGUAUGUGAGUGCACAUAUAUUACUGCACAAACAUACCACGUGGCACACGUGCGAAUUAUCUGCACAUUUAUAUUGUCUCCAUUCAUCUCUUUCCCCUUGACUGCUUCCCCCCAUCCUGGCCGCUGCUUCCAUCUCCCAUCUGCCUCUUUCAUUCCUCGUCCUUUCAGGGACAGCGGAAGAAUCACUCCAUUUCAGGUGGCUGCAGUCUGGGUCCCGCUGCAGCCUUGCUCUUUUGCACAGUCCCCACUGCAUGCCUGCCCUUGUGUUGGUCGUUUUCAAAUCCACUGAGGAUCUGGACAGUGCCUAGAAUAUCAUACUAAAGACAGAAACCUGCCAGAGAGGCCCCAGGCCAUGGCUGUAGACUCAGCAUCAGGAUGGCUUUGCUGCCAGGAACAUAAACACCGCUGGGACUGCUUGACUCUGUGUCUUUAAAUGAUCAGAAUCUGUGUUUUAUCAGUUAAUAAAGAUACUCCGGUUUUUGACUCAUAUCCUAUCUUUUGCUGGUAUCAGUUCAAUGAACAUCGCAUUAGCUGAAUGCAAAUAUUGUCUUUGCUAAACAUGCAUUGACAUGCACACAAGAUGGUCCCAGAAGCACUUGCAUGCAUACAAUAUGCACCCACAUGCGGAAAGCCCUGCAUAGAAGCAUACUCAGUUUCUGCACACACAAACAAAUCCAUAUUUUCCCACACUACAGGGCACACCUUUAUAAAGGAAUCUCCUGAUGCCACCAGUAGCUGAUGCAGGCACAACCAAGAUCAGAAAAAGCCCAGCAUUUUAUGCUUGGUGUCGAAUUCAGGCCUUCAAAAAGCUCACCUGUUGUUGCUGGUGUCUACUUGGAGCUUGAUUGUUUGCUUACCUGCUUGCGUGCAGCUUGUGAGCCCCUUUGGGACAUGGGACAAUUUUAUUUGCUUUUCUCAUUUCUCUUCAUGUGUAAACCAAUUUGUGAACUUUUUGUUGCAAAGCAGUAUAUAAAUAUUCCUAAUAGUAAUUCUAAAAAGCAAGCUUUAAUCCAGCCCUUGUGAUUAUGCAUUUUAAGAAAGUGUUGCACCCGAAAAGAAUUGCCUUUGAGCCCUUCUUCCUUUCUCUGUGCAUGUGUCCCUGUGCGCACAAAUAUUUCCUAUUACAUUCCGCAAUAAUCCCAGUACAUGCAUGUACAUACACACACACACACACACACACACCCCACCAGGUCAGAUCAGAGGCGUAUCUAGGGAAAAUAGCGCCUAGGGCAAGCACUGAAAUUGCACCCCUGUCCAAACAGGAAUGAUGGGACUUGUAGUCAACAAUAUCUGGAAAUCCCUGUUAAAAGGAACACUGUACCAUCUAGACAUGGUUGUUGAUCAAAACCUGAAAACAUGAGCCAUCUCUGUAAAAGACUUAGAACAACAGUCAGGAGUAUAUGCGAGGAUUCCAAGUAUCAUUUUCUCUGUCUCAUCUCAUUCUUUUUAAAAAACAUGACUUUGUCCUAGAGGAUCACCUGCCCAAAUAGCCACUAGCAAAAUAGGGGAAGAAGAAGGUGGCGGGGUGGAGGGAGUCUAUAAACCAGUGAAUGAUUCCUGCCAGCCUUUGUCUUAUGAUGACUGUUGGCUCAUGAUGGGGUAUAUGUGCAUUCACCACACUAGUGCUUACUUUGGCACCAGGAGGGAGGAGGAUACAUUAGUUUGCCACACUAGACAGAGGAAUUUGCAACAGGAGCAGACAGCCAAGUUCUGCCAGGGCCAAAACCAGCUCUUGCCAGACUAAGAAAUCAUUGUGAUUUGCCCCUUCCUGUCACAAGCAGCGUGCUGUUCUUUUAUUAUUGACUCUAACUCUCAGAUAUCCCAGUCAUGGAUGGAAAAUUCAGGGUCAAUUUACAAGAGACACAUUUUCUACAUGGAAGUUUCUCCUGUGCAGGUGUUGUGCAGAAACCCAUGUGUAGUGACCGCCAGGGGCAUAGCAAGGUUGGAAUGGGCCAAGAUGAAAUUUUAAAAUGGGCCCCCAGCCCCUCAAAGUCCAGGGCCUCCACACAUCCCAGGCCCCCAAGGAUUUAAGUCUGAUAUUUCAAAAUAAGUAUGCUGCCUGGAAAUACAUUUUACUGAAUACACACACGCACACUUCACAAUAUAUAGUGAUAUACAUUGAGUACUAUAUAUUUGUGCUACUUUUAAUGCCUGAACACACUAGCAAUGCUAAUUUUUAAAAUGGCCCCCUCGCUGCAGAUUAGCAAAGGAGACUUUCAACCAUGCAGGGUGAGCCUAUGUUUGUUUUCUCUGAAUUCUGAACAAAUUCAGUAAAGUUUUAUUCCAGGAGGUUUUGCACACGAGGCUUUUAAAGCCCUUUAACACACAUCUCUGGAAUGGAGGUGCUGCAUUCACAUGUUGGCCAGAUUUACCCUGAAGUCCCUGCAAGUUAUUGGAGAGCAGUUCACACACAAGAAAAAUAAAAUAAAAUAAAAGCACAGCACAUGCUUCAC